CGAAACCGAAAGCUCUACAUAAAAGCAUAGAACAACAACCCCAACAGCCUUGUUGUUGUUUUUUCUCUGUGUUUGUGAAAGAGACAGAGGGAGAGAGAGAGAGUCGUGGUCAUGGAAGAUGGAACGAAAGCCAUAGCUGAGGCGAACAUUAAGAGCAAAACGGAGCCUCUAUUGCCACAGGAGGUGGAGAGAGACGACAUGUCGUCUACUACAUGGAGGCUCAAUGUGCUAGACUUUCCUGCACUGCCUCCAAGAAAGGAUGGUGAUCAUAGCUCCUUUAAUCUGCGCCGCCUUCUUCGAACCCCAAGAAAACAAAGCAAGGUUGCUGACUAUUACAAGAAACAAGAAAGGCUCCUUGAAGAGUAUACUGAGAUGGAGGCUAUGAGUGAAAUAGGUUUUGCUCCUGGAAGUCUAACAGAGGAUGAGAUGAAGCUGCUUGCAAAGAGUGAAAGGAUGGCCAUCCAUAUAUCAAACAUAUCUAAUGUUGUGCUCUUUGCAGCGAAGAUCUUUGCUUCUAUUGAGAGCAGAUCAUUGUCGGUUAUUGCCUCAACCUUGGAUUCACUCUUAGAUCUCUUGUCGGGUUUCAUAUUGUGGUUUACAGCUCAUGCCAUGCGAAACCCAAACCAGUAUCAUUAUCCAAUUGGAAAGAAACGGAUGCAGCCAGUGGGAAUCAUUGUUUUUGCAUCAGUAAUGGCAACUCUUGGAUUACAAAUACUGCUUGAGUCUGGUCGACAAUUCGUUAAUAAGUCUGAGCCUGAAAAGGAUCCUGUGAAGGAGAGAUGGAUGAUUGGAAUAAUGUGCUCCGUAACUAUAGUGAAGUUUGUGCUCAUGGUCUAUUGUCGAAGAUUUGAAAAUAAAAUUGUUAGAGCCUACGCACAAGAUCAUUUCUUUGAUGUUAUUACUAAUUCAGUCGGUUUGGCAGCAGCUGUCCUGGCCAUUCGAUAUUAUUGGUGGAUUGAUCCUACUGGAGCUGUUAUAAUAGCAUUAUAUACAAUGAAUACAUGGACAAAGACUGUCUUUGAGAAUGUAUAUGCACUAAUUGGAAGGACAGCACCACCUGAAUAUUUGGCAAAGCUAACAUAUCUGAUAUGGAACCACCAUGAAGAUAUCAAGCACAUUGAUACAGUACGAGCAUACACUAUUGGUACUCAUUAUUUUGUGGAGGUUGAUGUAGUUUUGCCACAUGACAUGGUUCUGAACAAAGCACAUAAUAUUGGCGAGACAUUGCAAGAGAAGCUGGAGCAACUCCCUGAAGUUGAGAGAGCUUUUGUGCAUAUAGAUUUUGAGUAUACUCACAGGCCUGAACACAAGACCAUGGCUUGAUGACAAUGAUGGCAGUAGUAUGGUCAGACCUCGGCCUUUCCAAUGCACAAGGGCUUUCAAAAGAGGUGCUGAUUCAGUUAAUAUGUGGCUCAAUUUUAUGUAUUUUGCCAAACAGACUGAAUAGAAUUUUAACAUCUUACGGUCUAGUAUCAUUAGACCGUUGAUCUUCUGCUAAUCCUUAAUACCCAACCAUUUUCCUUUUUAUGUAAGGUGAUAAAAGUUGGAUAUUUUAUAAGAUAAACUUGAGCUGCAAGCCCUCAUUUUAUUGUUUUUGUCGAUUUAAUUAUAUGGGAGCUAUGGAAGCAUUGACCUUCAAUUUUACUUGGGAACUUCUUUAGUACUGCCACACUAUUGAUUCUCCAUUUUGUGGCUGCUAAAAUUGUUGUUCUGCCACAUGACUCGAAAUGAGUGUGUACGACUUUCUAUUCUCAGGUGUGUUAAAUCUUCUUCCAAUUAGUCAGUAUUGCAACAGCCGUUUAGGCUGCAAUGUAACUG